GAAUGAUGCGAGGAAGAUGACAAAUAUUCUCUUCGUACACUUGUACAUGACCAUUGACAUGGUUCACCGAACUAACGUCCCUUUCCUUGAAUAUUCCGGCAAUUCUGCUUGUAUAGUCCAUGUAUGGUACAGUGCACCUAUGUUUACCAUUAUUUUCUUUCUUCUUUGUUACGAAUGGGCUCACUUUUGUCCCGCGGAGAUUGCUUUUCCGAAAUGUAAAAACUGUCCAAAGUCGUCAAGGCCUGCUCCGAUCCAUUACUCCGAAGUAUAUAAAUCGUCUUGUGGUAGCCACAUGGACUUCAUCAGCCUACUUUAGAGAAAGGUAUGGCGUGACGGGGAGCAGAUGUGAGCUCCAUAUAUCCAGUCGCCCCGAGAACGCACCACGGCAUAUCCCGUCAGAUACCCUCUUUUUGUGUCUUGUACUCAGGGCGCAAGGAGUUGAAGAUAGUGACACACAGGGUGUGUAUAUGAUGGGGUACUUGAUUCACGAGAGUACUACAGAAUCCUGACAAUGAACGGAGAGAAAGGCGCCAGCUUGUUUCUGGGUGUUCAUUGUGAGACCGAGGUUAAAGAUUAUAUUAAUCCAUCAAUAUAUUGCCUAGGCGACCCACCGUGUCAGCUAAUGCUGCUGCUUCCAUUAUAUUGGGACAUGUCUUGGCUGAAGAAAUGAUGCAGGAUGCCGCCGAGGAUACGCCGAACGAACUCAUGUGUUCUGAUAGAUGCACGGAUAGGAUGUGGUCAAGCUGAUAUUUGUUAUAGGACAUGUGAGCCAGUUGGCGGUGCUGGAUUUAUUCGCAACUUGGGCUAAUUUUAGGUGGAAACGAGCUACCCUGGUCGCUUGGUGAAACCAUAAGCUCGUCCGGGCAGGAGGUGCAAGGACCUAUAUGGUGGUCUCAAGACCUGAAAGUCGUUCCCCAGAAGUGGCAGACUGCAUGCACACAGUGAAAUCUGGUUGCAGGCUCAUCGUCAACCUGGGUAUCGGAGGUACGUCUGUCGAGGAUGCGGUGGUACUCAUGAGAGCUAUUGUCAUUGAAGGGUUUAGAUACGGGUAGAAUCUCUUUACCCCUUACGGUAGUCUUAGAUUACCCAUACCUUUUAGGAUCACAAUUUGCUCAUCAUUAUAUGACAUAAUGACCACUCUUUUUUCACAC